GUAAGGGCUAUAUGUUUACAGUUUAUAUUUUAAAUUUGGUAGACAACGUUGUUAAAAUUGUACAUCGUUCUCGGACAUUAAAAAUAAUAUAAACAGUCAAAAAAAUAAUAUUUGGAUUGAAUACUAGCAAAAGAGGACAAUGUCAAAUAGCAAGUUCAUAGAAGAAUUGAUUAAGGCCCACAACGAGUAUAGGGCUAAACACCAGCAUGCUUCGCCAUUGAAGCAUGCUCAAGAUUUGUCUGAUUACGCCCAAAACUGGGCCAAUCACCUGAUUGCAACAAACUCCUUUGAGCACAGCGAUUGUGACCUCAAUGGUCAAAGAUUGGGAGAAAAUAUCGCCUCAAAGUGGUCUUCCGGCCCUACUGAUUAUACGGGGCAGGAGCCAACGGACUCGUGGUACUCUGAAAUCGCGAAGUAUGACUUCAACGAGGCGAGUUUUAAAAAUGGUACAGGCCAUUUCACACAAGUUGUUUGGAAAGGAAGUCAGGAAAUCGGGGCGGCAAGCGCCACAGAUGGUAAAGGAAAAUGGAUUGCAGUAGCCAGCUAUAGGCCAGCCGGAAACAUGAUGGGGGAUUUUGCCAGGAAUGUUCUGCCACCUAAGGACGGCAAGAUAAUGAUUCCAGCGAAAAAAGAGAUGACUAACACAGGUCACACAGGAGUGGAGAAUAUGCAGCAUCAUGGUGGAGGUGGAGGGAGACAAACCAAAUCCUACACCAGAACGAAAGAUGGUGUAACCACAACCUACGUGGAAGAGACAAUCGUUAAUCCUGAUGGAUCACGCACCACCAAGACCCACACGACAACCACAAACUCGAGCCGUUAAAAGGCAGUCCAUUAAUCUAAGGUUUCUACAAUUUGGUUAAAACAGCGCUUUGUGUGAUUAUGCUGUUUUCAACUGCGUGUAUAUUGUGAAAUUAUUUGAAACCAAAGUGAUAGUGCUUAAUAAGCACCCUAAUAUUCAUUACCCGUUGAACCAUUAAACACUCAUUCGACUGCAGGUUUUAUAUAAAGUUACUUAAAACAUGCCCGCUUAGUACUCUAAAGGUCAUAAC